AUGGCUUUGUUUGUUUGCCUUCUCUUUUUCUUCCUUGCCUCAUUCACUAGUGCUUGUGAUCGUUGUGUUCACCGAUCCAAAACCGCUUAUUUCUCAAAUGAUUCACCACUUUCAUCUGGGGCUUGUGGCUAUGGCCCCUUAGCACUUGGCUUCGUUGACGGACAUCUCGCUGCAGGCAUUCCUUCCCUUUAUAAAGAGGGUGUUCAUUGUGGCGCAUGCUAUCAGAUAAGGUGUAAAGACAAGAAAAUUUGUAGCAAAACGGGGACCAAAGUAAUUUUGAUUGAUCAGAAUGUACAGAGCAAUAGAACUGAUUUUAUUUUGAGUAAGAAAGCUUUCUCUGCCAUGGCUCAGAAGGGCCAUCAGAAGAAUAUUUUGAGACGUGGGACUCUAGACAUUGAAUACAAGAGGAUGCCUUGUGAAUACAAAAAACAAAAUUUGUCAGUAAGAAUUGAAGAGUCAAGCCAAAAGCCCCAUCACAUGGCUCUUAAGUUCCUCUUCCAAGGUGGGCAGACAGAUAUUGUAUUGGUUCACCUUCAUCCGGUGAAUACAGGAAGAACGGCGUUCAUGACCAGAAGACAUGGGACGGCAGUGUGGGAAAUCGACACGGUGCCGGAGGCGGCAGUGAUGUUUCAGAUAAGGGUGAUUUCGGGGUUCGAUGGGAUGUGGAUCAAUGCGGAGCGGGCGGUUCCGGCGGACUGGAAGCCAGGGAUGAUCUACGACCUUGGAGUUCAGAUAGAUACCAUUGCCAAAGGACAAGAGAACUGCACAAAGUGUGAUGAAGGGCAUUGGUGAUUAAUAAAUAAAUUAGAAAAAAAAAAACAAGACCAUAUGACAAAAUGGUGGUCUAUUUGAGGUUUUAUUUUGUUAUGUUUUUAGA